AUACUGCUGCCAAUAAUUUAUACACUUGAUCUCAACCUUGUUUGUACCUGACUAGUCCGAUAGCUUCACAGCUCUAUGCAUUAAAUAAAAUUGUAUUUGUAUUGUGUUGUGUAUUGUAUUUCUCUUUUGGUUGCAGGUGCGAAAGUGGCUCCACCACAGCGAUGCUACACGUCACCGAAGACACGCCCCCCGACAUGUUGGCUGGGGCCAUGGACCUUGCGGUACACCUUCCCACAGGCAGGUCCGUCAAAAUGUCGGUGGAGAGAAGCACCCCCAUGAUGGACCUUCUGGUCCAGAUCACCACCAACCAUCAGCUGCAGCUGUCCAACUAUACGCUGCAGGCGUUGGGAAUGGCGCCCUCUGCCGACCGUGGUGACAAGAUACUCCCCUACAAGCCGAACACCCCCAUAGGGACCUUGGACACGCAGCACAUCAAGGUCAUCCCUAAGUCAAGGUCGCUGCCUGUCACUAAGGCCGCUGCACCUGGUCAUCAGCCCUUCGAGAGCACUUUCAGAUUGAAGGUGCAUUUGCCGAGGAAUCAACUGUACGUUACCAGGGUGAGCAGGAAUGUUCUUCUGGAAGAUAUCAUGAAGAAGGUUUGCGAAGAGAAGAAUCUGGAUCCUGUCAAGUAUGAAUUCAAGCAUCCAGCCAACUUAGACGAAAUCUUGGAUCCCAAAUUGACUCUGAGCGAUUAUCAGAUAACAGAAAUCUACGUAGUGUCCAAAGGAACAGUUAGUAUAAGCCAGGCUUUCUCCACGAGUGAUAUAAUGGCGCUCAGAAAAGAAGAAGAACGAAAACAGAUGCAUAACAAGACUGGUGGGGGUGUAUUCAAUUUAAUAUUCCGAAGAGGAAAAUCAAGCAUGGGUUCCGGUUCGAUAUCGAGCGACACCCGCUCCAUCUCCCCCACCCACAGCGACGAUUCUCGUUCGGUCACGCCUCCCAACGUCCAGCAGCCAAUCCUGGCGCCGCCGCCCAAAAAGGACCCGCCCACCGUCCGACCGAAACCGCCGCAGCGCAAGCGUCGCCCCGCCCCCAAACCGCCGCAGUCGACCGAGGAAGCGCGAAGGAGUAGCGGAGAUUCCCGAACUGCUACCGAAGAUUCGCGACGAGGUAGCGAAGUCUCUCGAACGCCCACCGAAGCUUUCCGAACGUCCACCGAAGUCUCCCGAACGGCCACCGAAGACUCCCGAACGGCCGCCGAAGACUCCCGCAGAACCAGCCAGGUGUCGGAGGUGAGCGAGCUGCGCAGAAUCGACAACGGGCUGGUGAUCAGCCAUUCUCGGAACAGUUCGGACAGUUCCGGGUAUCACGAAGCUUCCGUUCUAAGCGAGAAUUGUAACGCUUCUUUGCCGAGGCGACCCAAAUCGGCUUUUGUGGGAGCUGGGGAGACGGAGAAAAUGUCCAAGGUGCACAGUCAGAGCACGACGAAUUUGUCCAAGAUGGCGUCGCAUUCCAAGUCGACGACUAGCUUGGGAAUGACGGGUCGUAAGAAAAAAGCAGCACCCCCACCCCCUCCAGCUAUCAGAGCUUCCAACCCCUCCAUAAACCUAGCUGCCCCUAGUCCUGUAGUAGCUAGUCAACCUAGUCUGCCCAUAGAAGCGUCCCUAACCUCACAACAAGCAUUAGAUAGCUUACCAUCCAUCACAUCAAACGACAUCCUCCCCAAUUCAGAAUCGAAACCUUUCGGAUCCACGGAUAGUGGCAUAGCACCCGAAAUCCACGAAAAAAACGAAGGAGAAGCUUUUGUUACCACCACACCGCCCCCACCAAUCCUAGAUGAAGAUAUCGUCCCUCCACCAGAUGAAAAAAGCAUCGGGAAAACUCCCACGGAAGACUUAGUGAUUCCACCACCGAUAGAAUUGGUUGUUGAGGUUACCAAGGAAGAUAUCCUCGAAGAGGAAGCUAGUGAAGCUCCAGAGGCUAUAGUAGCUCCAGCAGCAACUGAAACUCUAGAGGCUAAAGUUGCUCCUGCAGCCAUUGAAGUUCCAGAAGUUACAGUGGCUCCUGCAGCUGUGGAGAGACAGAACGAAGCUGCCGAUGAGCUGGAUUGGCACUACCAGCUGCCUUCACCUCCAAAAGCCUUCCGGGACUGCAGCCCAGCGGAAGUUAUAGAGACGGACUUCAAAGACUCCGUGGUGACGUCUCCGGAGCUGUUCGAGAAGCUGAAAACCUUGGAGGAUGUGCAAUCGGAAAGAGGAACGUUAACCAGCGAUUUGACCAGCGUGGUUAGCGAAGAGGAAGUGCCUCUGCUCAACACCUUGUCUUUGGAGAACUUGGAGAAGAGGAGGUCGUUGGUGUACAAUAGGGAGUUGACUAGCUUGAAAAUGGAGGACGAUAAAAGGCUGGAUACGUUCUCAGGGUCUUUGACAAAGUUCGAGGCUACUUUCUCGGAAUUGCAGCAGCAGCAGCAGCAGCAGCAAAAGUUCGUGCAGAAGACAACUCUGGUCUCCAACCACGUUCUCCCCAACUUCAAGAUUUCCACUUACGACAGACCCAAGCAGAAAAUAAAGGUGUUCGAGGAUGACACUGUGAGAAGCAGUACCGACAAACCUCCAGGGCCCAGAAGUACCUUACAAAGGUCCUACGUCGGCAGAUCCAUGGAGAGCAUUUCCAUGAGGAAAAACAGCGCCGGGGAGGAAUCCACGAGGUCUAAUGAAGAGUACGAUUUCGCGAGGCCCGUAGCGAAACGUUUCGAGCAUUCUGUGAGCGUCUUCAGGUCGGAAUCGUUUUCUAAGGAGCUUGGUGUGCCUUCGAAGCCCGUGUUGAGGUCAAAGUCGCACGUGACUUUGGAUGGGGCGCGGUACAGGGUGGACGGUAGGGGUGGGAAUAAGGAGGAUGGCGUGUCGAGGAGCAACAGUUUUUACGACUUGUCUGGGCUGCAGAGUUUAGGGGUCAUGAGGCUGAUUCAAAACAAACUCAACACCCCCACCUCGUCAAUGGAGAACCUAGCACCGCAAGACAAGACCCAAAAACCUCUCCCCAAGCCCGAUCCACCCAAAGAACCCCCGCAAAAACAACCCCCACCACAAAAACAACCCCCAUCACAAGAACCCGCACCCCUCAAACCCCCAGCACCGGAAAAAAUCUACAAAUACUCCGGUCCGCCAGCCAUCAACAUGAGCACCUGGUCCGAGAGACCGAAAGUACCUGUUAGCGUCGCUGAAGACGAAGAUUACACCUCGGGAACCAACAACAACAUCACCUCGAAGCUCAUAGUCAGCACCACAAACAACAACAUCACCAGCAACAACUCCAUAGAGGUCAGAGACAAACAACAAGGGGUCAGCGUCAAAGUGAACGGUACCACCGAACCUGCUGCUCCAGGAAACGUCGUCAUCAAAAUCGGAGCUUUCAACUCACAGCCACCGAAAACCAUCGACAACCAAAGAUUCAUCAACCACACGACAGCAGCAGGCUACAGGAAACCAUUCGGCAGCCUCAGCAACCAGAGACCUCACUCCAUAGCCUUCGACUCUGACUUCGAUAUUUCCCGAGUACCUGUCGUCAGAUCAGUGGAGCUCAAGAAGCCCCUCAAGAGCACCUCAGUCACGCAAAUCCACAAGGAAGAACCCCCAAAGGUACCCAACAAGUGGCAAGCUCCUGUGGUCAGAGGCUUCAGCACCAACAACUCCUGGAACAACAGGUGGAGCAGCUAUGGAACCUUACCAGGACAAGCUAAGGAGAAAGACAGCUUCGUCACCAACAGCCAAGUGCCUUUCGGUCAAGCCACUCUCAGACGCACCGACUCCAACAAGUUCGUUGAUAGAACCAACGAAGAGGUCCAGCCACCUAGUCGACCGGAUUUGGUGCUGGAGAACAGCAGCAGGACCCCGCCGAGCAAACCUGAUGUCGUGAGACCGCCGCCGCCUCCCACGAUGCCUAAGGUGGUUUUGAAAAAGCCUGCGGUGAGGCCUUUGGAACCUGUGGUGGACCAGAGGGACCAGCUGUUGUCCGCCAUCAGGAAUUUCGGUGGGAAGAAAGGGUUGAGAGGUGUCAAAGCUUGAAUCUGUUGCCUUUAGAAACCAUCGACGACCAAAGAUUCAUCAACCACGCGACGGCAGCAGGUUGUAGGAAGACGUUCAGCUGCAUCAGCACCGAAGGCUUCGCUCCGCAGCCUUUGAAUUUUCGACAUGUCAAAAACUGGUGGUGCAGCUAUAGAAUCUUGACGAGGCACACUAGGAAGAAAGAUAGCUUCACAACCAACUACCAAAUGCCUUUUUGGGCAAGCCUGGAGCAUAUUGACUCACACAAGUUUACGGAGAGAACCAUCGUGAUUCGGCCACCUAGUCGACCGGAUUUGAUUGCCAUAUUCAGGAGGUAGCCAAACCUGAUGUCGUGGCUUUGAAGGAGUCUCAGGUGAGGUCUUUAGUGGCUGUUUUUUGGACCAGAGGUAUUUUCGGAGGUAAAAAAGGGUUGAGGGGUGUUGAAACUUACGUGGGGUUGUGUAGGGGGGAGGGGCAUCCUGUACUUUGGGGGAGAUUUUGGUGUGUUGUAUUUCGUUUGUAAAUAUUCCAUUUAUUUAGUCAAAAAUGUGUAUGAAGCUCAAUGUCAUAGACUAAUCUAGUACUUUUAGGACAUGUGUAAUUAUUUAUUUUAUAUAUGAUUCAUUUCAUAGUAAUGUAUGAACGUUUUAUCGCUUAUAUCUUAUAUUGUCAAUUUUUCUUCCGAGUACACACUUGUGAUAGUCAUAACUACUUAUUUUGCUGUUUAUAUACUGGGUGACGUGUUAUAAAGUGUUAUCCCUUUUAUUUCUCUUAUAUACAGGGUGGGCCACCAGUAACGCCUCGGUCUCUAGAAGGCUAACCACUUAUCUUCUUGGAAUUCUUCCUCUCUAGGAAGUUGCAUGUCAACAUAGGCUACCAUUUGAAAUUAUUUUGAAACAUACAGGAUGUCCCCAAAAAUCACAAAACACUGAAGUUGAACUUUUUUCAAUCGAACACCCCAUAUAUUAUUUCAUUUUGAGAUUCUCCCUGGUGAGCUGAUUUCAACAAUCCAUCAUACUUGGGGUCUAGCAGUUAUAAUUACUGAGAUAUAGGGUGUGAGAAAUCGAGAUUUUCCAAGUUCAAGAAUUUUUUGUGUCUUAACCAUUCAUAAUUGGUCAAAACGGCUCACAUGUCCCUAUCUCAACUUUUGAUUAACUAUCUACUGAUAUUUAAUUGGGACAUAUACCGGGUGAUCAAAAUUCUGAAUUCUGCACCACCCUGUAUUUGUUUCAAUUAAAUGUCAGUAGAUAGUUGAUCAAAAGUUGAGAUAGGGACAUGUGAGCCGUUUUGACCAAUUAUGAAUGGUUUCGACACAAAAAAUUCUUGAACUUGGAAAAUCUCGAUUUUUCACACCCUAUAUUUUAGUAAUUAUAACUGCUAGACCCCAAGUAUGAUAGGUUGUUGAAAUCAGCCCAUCAGGGAGAAUCUCAAAAUGAAAUAAUAUAUAGGGUGUUCGAUAGAAAAAAGUUUAACUUCAGUGUUUUAUGGUUUUUGGGGACACCCUGUAUGUUUCGAAAUAAUUUCAAAUGAUAGCCUAUGUUGACAUGCAACUUCCUAGAGAGGAAGAAUUCCAAGAAGAUAAGUGGUUAGCCUUCUAGAGACCGAGGCGUUACUGGUGGCCCACCCUGUAUAUUUGACUGGAGAAAAAAUGGAGACCAUCCUUACGGGAAUUCGUUUUUCCUUCUCAAAUCAAUAUACAGAAAGCAGCGAGAAGUGGAUGCAUUCUAAAUAGUAGCCUAUAUAUUUCCCCUCCCUUGUAUAGAUAUUUUGAAGAGGUCUCCGAAAAUACCCCACUUAAUUUUCUCUUACGUAUUUUUCAGAUGGAAAAUCUUAUCAAAUUCUGUUUGAAUGCACAUAAUAUUGAUUGGUAUUUUCGGAAAGAUCUUCGAAAGGUCGAAAGGAAAAUGCUAAGAAAAUAUACAGGGUGAUCCACGGUGGAUGGCCUAUUAGAAGUAUCUGGAGAACGAAAAGACAGAACAUUCUGAAAAUUGGGAUCCUUCGAUAAUUGAACAUUCUCUAUCCGUUUAAAAUAUUUUCAUCGAUACAGUGUUGCCACUUCUAUUAGAAACAACCAGCAACUUUGUUAUUUCUAAUGGAACACCCUGUAUUUUAUUGCAUUUUCAGAUUCUUCCUGAAGAGCUGAUUUCAUCAAUGUAUCACACUUGGGGUCUAGCAAGAAUGAUUACAGAGAUAUAGGGUGUUCAAAAUCGAGAUUUUUCAAUUUUAAUAUUUUUUUGUGUCGAAACUAUUCAUUAUCGAUGAAAACGGCUUACAUGUCCCUAUCUUAACUUUUGAUUCACUGUCCACUGGAAUUUAAUUGGAAAAAAUACAGGGUGCUUCAAGAUUCAGAAUUCUGAUCACCCUGUAUCUGUUCCAAUCAAAUGUCAGUAGACAGUGAAUCGAAAGUUAAGAUAGGGACAUGUGAACCGUUUUGAUCGAAAAUGAAUAGUUUCGACACAAAAAAAUCUUAACAUUGAAAAAUCCUGAUUUUGAACACCCUAUAUCUCUGUAAUCAUUCCUGCUAGAACCCAAGUGUGAUAUAUUGAUGAAAUCAGCUCUACAGAAAGAAUCUGAAAAUGUAAUAAAAUACAGGGUGUUCCAUUUGAAAUAACAAAGUUGCUAACUGUUUCUGAUAGAAGUGGCAACACUGUCUCGAUGAAAGUAUUUUGGACGAAUAGAGAAUGUUCAAUUAUCGAAGCAUCCUAAUUUUCAGAAUGUUCUGUCUUUUAGUUCUCCAGAUACCUCUAAUAUGCCAUCCACCGUGAAUCACCCUGUAUAGGGCGUCUUACUUAAAAUGUAUGCACUUUUUGCUGCGGUCAAUUUGAAAAGGCAAAAUGAGCCCCUCUAAGGCCGUUCUUAUUUUUUAUACUGUCGAAGAUAUGAGAGUUAAAUGGGGAAGUACUUUACAACUCGUCUUCUGGUACAGGUUGUCCUAAAUUGUUUGCCCACCCUAGAAAAUAUUCAAGUUAACAUUCCCGUUCUUAAAUUUGAGAAGUUGUGACACCGAAACACAUAACUAUUAUAGUUAAUUUAUCUAAAUUUGUUGGGAUUUUCUCUCUUUGUCUUUGUGAAUAAAAAUAAUAUUAUAAGGACCAAUCAGAUUUGCCCCAAGAUGUCACUUCUUUCAGGAAUGACACUACUAAAAACCUAAUAGAGAAAUUCAAUUGAUAGUCAUUGAUAACUUGUUUGUGGACAACCAGUUUAGGUCACCCUGUAUACUGACUGGCGAGACUUUAGGAUUGUGUAUAGGGACCAAAGGUAUUGUGGAAUACUAUGUUUAUUUAUUUGUUAUAUACUCACACUCUGUUUUCAAAUUAAUAAAUUAUUCUAUUACUUCAAGUGUUUUCUUUUUACAUUUUAAUCAAUUUUCCAAGAAAACAAUAUGGUUUGAAAUUAUUACCUAUAUUAAUUUAUGUCUUCUUCAAAAUGUGCAAUGGAAUCAAUAAAUAAAUAUUUUUAAAUAUAUAUAUACAUUGAAUUGUGAAAUAAACCAUUCACGCAAAUACUAUGUGUAAAAUGUUUUCGACGAAAAAACAAAAAUAAAUAUCUAAAAACCCGAUUAUUUCCAACGAAACAGUAGGUGAAAUUCUUCAACAUUUCCGAUUCGUGUUUGAUCUCCUCCAAUUCCGCCAUCCUGGCGAAUCUCGAAUAAGUCACGUGACCAGACUUGAUAGCCGACAUCAUCU